GUGUGAAGUGAACUUCCUUGAUACGAUAAAACUAUAGCAGAAGGUAUAAAAACAAGACCUGCAGACCCUAGUUCGCCACUGUUGCACUUCCCUAUCUUCUGAAUUGAACGAAAAUUAAGAUCAAACUGUAGUCAUACUUGGUUAAGUAUGGUGGCUAAGAUUUUGCUUCUUCUCGUUGUGCCGUGUUUUCUCUUUAUGCACACAUAUGCUACAACAAGGAGAGAUCUGUUCGCUAACUACUACAAACACGUGCAGCACUGGGUGUCGUUGAAAGGAGAUGUGAUAAUCAAAGGAUGCUACGUCGUAAGAAACUGUCACCGCGGCCGUGGGGGUCUUGGUUCGAAGGGGAAACCUGCUUCAUCAUGCAAAGCUAUCAAGAAUGAUCGAAAGUCAGCCAAAAGUGGCGUUUACUACAUCAAGACACACCCAACAGUGACCAAGAUGUAUUGCUACAUGGAGGAUAUCCCUGGGUGUGGUGGGGGUGGAUGGACAACCAUUAUGAAAACAAACGGCAACAAG